AUGCAUCAUCGGUCGUCCAUUACGCACCGCCCAAAGACUUCGUCUGCCGCCGACGACAGCGCCGCGCCGCCCCGGCCAUUCGAGCCGAGCAUGAAGCGGACUGCCUCGCAGACUUUCAGCACCAACGGCAGCGACGCGCGCGAGGCCCCCAACGCGCUGGGCGCCGUCCACGAGGGCAUGAGCGAGCAGUACCACUCGCACCAUGCCCCGUCCGGCUCGCGGUCGCUGUCGCGCGCGACGUCCAUGUUCGAGGGCGGCUUUAAGCAGAUCCGCCGCAAGCUGUCCUCGUCGUCGUCGCGGCGGCCCUCCCUGACUGCCAUUUUCGACAACGCGCCCGGACCGUCCUCGUCUGCCGCCGCCGCCCGCAAGAACAGCUCAGACAUGCUCCGGCUGCCCCUUCCGCACCACGACUCGGGGCUCCCGCUUUCCCAAUCCGACCAAGCCACGCCCCCCGUGAAUUCCAAGAUUUCCAUGCUCAAACGCUUCUCGAGCCUCCGCCGCCGGCCAGCCGCGUCGGGCCCCUCGGGUGAAUUCGCAAAGUACAACCCUGUGCCGCCGCCUAUCCCGUCCAACUAUCCUCUACUUGUGCCCGGGUCAGCUGCGCGCCAGGCAGCCGCUGCGGCAAACGAUGCCCGCUUGUCACAGCUGCGGCGCGAGCAGGAGCAGACACGCAAGUUUCUGGAAAAUGGAAUGUCGCAGUCCAGCAUUGAGGAAAUCGACAAUGACAACGAGAGUGGAGUAGGCAUGAUGUGCUCCUCACCCAUCGUGCGCGCCGACAGCGUCUUGCAGGAGAAGAAGAUGGUCGACCCUCUACAAGCCCUACCCGCUGAAAUCACUACCCUUAUUCUUUCCAACCUCGAUGCCCCAUCCCUUAUCCAGGCAGAGCUAGUUUCGAAACACUGGCACAAUCUGGCAACCUCUCCGCAUGUCUGGAAAGACGUCUUCCUGCGCCGAUUUGAGCCCACCGUACACGUCACACCGACACCAAUCCAAAUGGGAGGCGUGGGCGUAGGCAUGUUCACUAAGAAUGGCAAGCAUGCGCCAGCACAGAAUUGGAAGCAGAUGUACAGAACACGAAAGACAAUCGACAGACGAUGGAAAGCUGCCACGCCGAACGCGAUCUACCUAAAUGGCCACACCGAUUCCGUAUACUGCUGCCAGUUCGACGAGUCCAAAAUCAUCACCGGCUCGCGUGACCGUACAAUUCGCGUCUGGGACAUGAACACCUACGAGUGCAUCAAGGUUAUUGGCGGUCCUACUCAUCGUCCCGUCAGCAACACACCUCCUGCGAUGGACACUCACCGAGCUAAGGUCGUUAACAACCCCUCUCUCAAUGGAACCGAAAAAGGCAACGAUAUGUACCACGUGCCUGCCGACUACCACGACGCUUCCAUCCUCUGCCUGCAGUACGACGACACUAUCAUGGUCACCGGAUCAUCGGAUCACACAUGUAUCGUCUGGGACAUUACCGGCAAAGACUACGUUCCAAUGUACAGGUUGCGUGGUCACCAAGCCGGUGUUCUCGAUGUUUGCCUGGACGACAAACACAUCAUCUCGUGUUCCAAGGACUCUGCAAUCAUUGUCUGGGAUCGCCAAACUGGUAGGCAACUCCGCACGCUGACAGGCCAUCGUGGUCCCGUGAACGCCGUGCAACUCCGAGGCAACCUGCUCGUUUCAGCCUCCGGGGACGGUGUAGCCAAGCUGUGGAACCUUGACUCGGGUGUUUGCAUCAAGGACUUCCCCUCGGAAGACCGUGGUCUCGCUGCCGUCGAGUUCUCCGACGAUGCCAAGUAUGUCCUCGCCGGUGGCAAUGACCACGUCGUGUACAAGUUCGACGCCCAGACUGGAAACACACUGCACACAUCCCAGCGGCAUGGUGGCCUCGUUCGCUCCCUCUUCCUCGAUGCGUUCAAUGGCAGAAUCGUGAGCGGCAGCUACGAUCAGAGCAUCCGUGUUGCCGACUACUCCACCGGCGCCGUGUUCGCAACCUACGAGAACUGGACCACUUCCUGGAUCCUCAGCGCCAAGAGCGACUAUCGCCGUGUCGUGGCUACGAGCCAAGACGGGCGGACCCUCAUCCUCGACUUUGGAUGGAACGUGCAGGGUGCGGAAGCGCUCGUGAGCCAUGCGUGA